UCAACAAGCGGCCUCUUCGCAGAAUUUUUUCGCAAAAUCAAGAAAGUUUAUAGUUCCUCAGUUAUUUCCAGUGCUAUAAUCCUUUGACAUUCUUCUUUCAAUCGUCCUGUACUUUGUGCAUACUUCAUUUUCCUAUUUACUUGUUAAAAAUGCUUGUUGUUGCGAUUUAUUCUGAGUGACAGAUGUUACAGUGCUAAAUUGCGCCAGUUUUAGUGAAUUACUACUAAAUUCUAGCGUUACUUAUGGAGGAGUCCAAGAAAACAACCAUUGAAAUGGAUUCUGAUCCUCAGGAAAUUGUACAAGACUCCCAACUGAUCGGAGCAGGGGAUGGUUUGACUAAAACAAAUGGCAACACUUCACAAACUCUUUUCCCGGAUAGCCCCAUUUAUGAACCUGAUGAGGACAUCAUCAAUGUAUCAGAUGAUGGUAAAAAUUCAUUAUCAUCCAGUUCAAAAGAUGAUCAACCAUCUAAGAGGAAGCUCUCUGACGAACCAUCUGAAGGUAGUGCUAAGAUUCAGAAACUGGACCUGUGUGGCGACGAAUUCACUGUGUCUUCACAAUCUUUGGAUGAUGAGGUCUCGAAAAUCAUUGGAACAGCUAAAAUUAAGGCAGAAAUCGCAAUGCCGUCUACAUCGCGUGUUCGCACUCCAGUCAAAAGUACCCCUAAGAAGAAAAGGAGCAAUAGUACUGAAACUGGCAGGCGCACGCCAAAAACACCUAAGUCGCGAUCUGCUAGUGCUGACAUUACUAAGUCAAGAAAAACACCCAAAAAACUCCAAGGUGUCAACGACAAAUCGUCAUCUGAUGAUAUCAUGGUCAUCUCUGAUAGCUCAAGUUCCCGCCCAAGUGUAGAAUUCGUCAAAGAAAUUCGUCCACCGAUGAAUGCUCCCGACACCAUUGAAGAGGAAAGUGGGUCAGAGCUGAAUGACUCCCAGAAUAUCCAUUUAGUCUUAUCACCAACACCUGAUGAAGAUGGUGAUGAAAAAAAUAAAUUGCCAGCUCAGAAUUGUAGCAGUGAUCCGGUCGUGGCGAAGGAUCGAGAAGAAGUUUUGGAUCCUGGUAAGAUUCAUCAGACAAGAAGCGAAGGGUACAACUACUCUGACCUAAGCAGCAACUUAUCGCAACCGAGACCAAAAGAUUUUGGGAAAACCACAGACCAGGAGAGUACUGACAGUGUCUGCUCAAUAAGCAUGGAGAGUCCUGACCAUGUACCAACUGUUGCCUCGAAAUUAAUCUCUAAGUUAUCUAAUGGAGACUCUUCAACACCCACUGAAAUUGCUGCUAAAACUGAUGACAGUGACAACACGCCUGAUAUGACGAAAUUGAACAACAAGAAAGGUAGAAAGAGCAAGAACGAGUCCUUCAGAGCCAGUACAACUACUACUCCAUCGACGAUAUCGCCGCUACAAAAUGGGCAUUCUCUACCUGUGAACACUCCUCAAAUCCCAAUUUUCGAUGUUCACAUCAGUCAUAACGAAGAUUGCGAGUUUUUAUCUCUAGUUGUCGUCCGAACUGAUAAUGACCUUGGAGUGGAUAUCUGCAAGGAAUACCAAAGAGUUUCUAAGAGAUUCACGAUUGAUCCCUACAUGGCUGAUGUUUCAGUUAGUAACUCACCUUCAAGCGUCACAAGCGGAGGUAUGAUUAAUUUGCCGAACAGAACAUCGUUCGCGUCUACAGUAAGUUCUGCCUCAACCUCUAGCAGUAACAGAACGAGCGAUGGCAAUUUCGUCGUGCCCCCACCACCUCGAAAAUCCGUCUCCAAUCCUACCAUUUCUGUCAAAGGAUAUGAUGGCCUACUGAAAAAGUUGCAAGACAUAUUUUCUCAUAUCAGAGAUUCUACUGUAGAUGAGGGGAAUCGAUCUGUUACUGAAGACAAGGUAUCUGUUGGUAUACAGGCGUCACUUAGCGAUGUUUCGCCGAUGAGUAACGGCAACGCGAGUCCUGAGGAAGUGGGCAAGUGUGACAAGGCUACGCCGAAAAGCUCUUUGAAGAAAACAAGGGUGAGAGGACGACGGCAUAUUGCUGGAAAGACUAAGCGCGCUAUAUUGCCGACGCAGCCCGAGGAGCCAGAGUACAUGCACGGUAUGAAUUCUCCAGAAAUGGUGCCAACUAAUGGGGAAAACGACAAGAUGUCGCUGAUGAAAUCUCCUAAAGACGAGAAGCCGCUGUCUUCUCUGGUGGCAACUCCGAAGUCCGUGAACAAGUUGAAGCAGAAGAAGCGGCCAACAUCGCCCAGACCGGCGACUCCAGUGGAAAAGCCCGCAGUGAAAUCCGAAUACCCUGGUUAUGCUCCGGAUACUGUUGUAUUGGCGAAAUGGGUGGACAAGCGUUACUAUUCUGGCAGAGUGCUAGAAAUAACGGAACCUAACAAGUACCUGAUUAAAUUUGAUGAUGGUCAGAGUAAAGUUCUGCUUGACGACUUCAUAAUAUUUGGAGAUAUUAAGAAGUUGCCGCUGCAAGGGCAGUCGGUGUACGCGAUGGUUGAUGAAGAACAGAAUUAUGAACCAGGGUUGGUGCUUGAAGUUGAAGAGAACGACAGUGGUACUGUCACAUACCGAUGCACUACAGAUGGGGACACCCUAGUAAUGGUGACAGCAAGCGAGCUAUACCUGACAGAAGACCAGGCUCGCUCCAUCAAGGAGUCAGUCCGACCACGAUCGCCCUCGGCGCCUGCCACGCCGCGCCGACGACACAAUAGGGAACUCGACCUUGACAACAUUAUACAGGGUCCCCGAAGCGCCCGCAGUCGAGACAAAGGCAGCUCGAGCGCACGGAAACGUGUCGCCUCUCCCAAGAGCCCCAAGGCUUCCACUUCAGGUGUGAAGACGAGUAAGAGCACGCCAGCCAGUCGCAAGCGCUUAGCGAGCGAAAGCAGUGAGAUGAGCGAAUCCAGCAACUCUGCUCCGAGCGCCAGGAUCGAGGAGGUGGCGGGGGUGGAGCCUGAAGUACAGCGCACACCGCGCAAGAUUGACGGAAUCAAAGCGGGCCCCCUUCAGCUGAAAGGCGCGGCUAAGCAGAACAUUGGGAAGAAGAAUUCUAAGCUGACGAAGUUUGAGAACGACGAAGACACGGUGUCGACUCUCGGUCCUAUCCCCAGUGGCGAUAGCAAACUGUUCGUCGGACUACACUUCCUACUGACUUGUACUGAGCCCCCGCGGCGGACGCGGCAGGAGAGGCCGAUUCACGCCAACCCUGUGGCUGUUAGUGAAAUUUCGUGCCAAGAAACCCGUCACUAUUCGUCAGAAGAGGAUGGUGAAAGCACAUCGGGGAUGGUGGGAACCGACACAGAGGAACUGGAGUUCUGCGACCGGCCCUUCAACAAGGAGCGCCUCAAGGAACAGCUGGAGGCCGGCGGCGGCGUAGUCUACAGUCACUUCGACGACGUACCUAAAAACAAGUAUUCCGUGACCAAACUGAUCGCCCCGCGGCCCUGCCUGACGGCGAAGUACAUCCAAUGCUUGGCGGCGGACAUCCGCGCCGUGUCUCACGCGUGGGUCAUCACCAGCUGCGGGAACAAGGCCUUAGCGGACCCCGAUGCGCACGCGCUGCCUGCCGGCUGGGGCAUCGUUAAUAAAUGCUUCAUUAACUGGGUCCCCCCAUCAGGCAAACGCAACACAUCAUUCUUCAAGGACAAGUUGAUCCUACUCUGCGGCGAUCAAGACACGUUCGUCAAGUUCUGGCAGCGAGUAUGUUCGCUAGCGGGCGCCAACACUAGAGUGAUACACGAAGAUGACCUCAAUAUGACCGGCGCACUUGCUCUGGUCACUGAAUGGGACUGUCCGCAUGAGAUACAAAACAAAGCAAACCAGGACAACAUACCACUGGUUUCCACGACCUGGGUGGUCCAAUGCCUGAUCGAGGGCCGCGUGAUCGCGCCCACCAGCCACGACAAGUUUUCAUUCAUGUAUACAGAACCAGAAUGAUCCUGGGACUUUCGCAAGGUGCUCAUCAUACGUGAAAAUUGACACUCUGUGCCAGUGACAGUUUACGUGCAGUGCCGCGAGUGACGAUCACCAUAAGUGACGAAGGAUUGUGUGACAAAAGUGACACAUUGUGACAAAAAAGUGAUUGCUGAAAUGUAUACAAAAGUAUGUGGUAUUCUAUAGGUGUUUUUAUUGGUAAGUAAGAGAGGAGUUGAGUUAGAGAAGAUUCUUUGCAUUUUGACAUUCCAUCCUGUUAUUACGAGAUGAUAUUGCUGCUAUAAUGUUUCCUUUUAUAAAAUGUAGAUCAUUAAGUCAACUUUGUACUCAAAACUAUUAAACUAUGAGUACCUACGUCAUUAAAUUGUAAUUGAAAUGAUUGUAGUGACAUUUUUCUAUCAUGUGGGCCGCCAUAGGUCCCUCCUCACCGAACAAGGGAUGCAAAAAUCACUUUGUGAACCUGGGUCUUCCGGAUCAUGAGGCUAAACGUUCAACCACUGGACCAUUACUUGACUUAUUAAACUUUUUUACAUAAUACGCUACUUGACCUAGUGAAAUGAGAUACUUUUUACGAAACGUCAAAACGAAAAUUUUCUUUGGAGUUUGUAUGGAAAAACUGACUGUCUGAUUGUUGAAAUUUAAUUCUGUGCAAUAAAGUAUAUUUGAUUUGAUUUGAAAAACUGUCCUGUGACAUCAUCAAUAAAAGCAAUCAAACAUUGUACUCAUUGUUACUUAAUUCAUAUGUAAAAUUCGAAAAUAAAUCGCAAAGUAAAAUGAGAUUUGAUUUUGGAACAUCUUUGACUCGCUUCUAUUUCUUGAUUAGCAUUUUAUAAUUUAUCUUUGACCCAGUUAAAAUACCUAAUUAUUACUCACUGCAGUAGAUUCUCGAUAUUUCCAAUCCAAUAUGAUAGGUGCUUUGUAUAUUCUCUCUCUUACAACUUACCUCCUCUCUCUACCACCUUGCCAAACUAUAAUUGUUGUUGUAACGACAUAUUAAUGUUUCCUUGUAUCAAAGAAUUGCUGGUUACAUGUUGAGAAUCAAAUUCAAUAUUUAAGUGUAGCAUUUGUGUAAGUUUAGAUAUAGUUACUGGGUAAAAUACCAAAUGUUAAGCUCUAAGUUCAUGUAGUAAUCGUACGUUAUGGACAGCUAGACGUGGAGGCUAUCACUUUCAAAGAGAUGGUAUAAAAUGAGGGACUAAAAAGACCACAUUGAUGAAACUCAUCUCAAAAGCAAAAUUGCUAUUUGAUGUUAGUGCAAUUUUUAAAGUGUGGUUUCCAGGAUCUGGCUCGCCCCCUAUGACAUGGGACUUAAACAUACCUGUCGAGGCUCACAGGCAUUUGCGCAUGUAAAAAUAACUGCGCAAUGUCAACACGUGUCAAAUAGCAAUAUUGCUCUUUUCAGUUUAGCUUUUUUAACCCCAAGGCUAUUUAUUUAAUAUUUGAUAAACAAAGUAAUGUUCUGUUUACAUUCCUCCUUUCGAAUGGAGAUAUUGAUGCCUGCAUAUAGUUGAGAUUUACCUUCAAGUUGGUUUGAAUCUGUAACAUUUACUGCCAUCGAACUGUUUCAUUUAACUGGCUCUUACAACUAUUUCAAAUGCCAAAAAUAUCUAUAAUAAGGCUAUGUAUCAGAAAUAUCAUGACACCAUUAAAAUAUAUUAUGUCAUCUCCUUAGCGUUAUCUUGUUCUUCACGGGGUUCGCUUACAUAACCUGACGAUUUGUCAGGUUUGAUUCGACAGAAGCAACUGCCUGCCUGAUCUUCCUACCAGAAUGGAUUACCAUCCCAAUUACGGCUUCAAGUCACAUACCUAAAUUUGUUGGAUAUGUGGGUUUCCUCACGACAUUUUCUUUAACUCCUGCGUACACGAUAAUCAUUUAAAAUCCAGGAAUCAUUUGUCUAUGCCCAUGCUGGAGUUGAACCUGCAACUUCGUUAUGAGAGUCAAGCGGCCUUCCGACUAGGCUGCAUUGACAAAUAUAACUCAGCACGGUUAUUUGAAUGUAUUAUAUUGGUGCUAAUUCCUGCAGACGCCAUCUAAUUUUAUUUUAAGUUAUAAGUUAAAGGGACGGAUGAUUGACAGCUCUUAAUUUUUAGAAAGAAUGAAUAAAUGUAUGGAUAACCCGGACGAAUCAAAAAGAUAUCUAACUGGUAUGCAUACCAUUUGGCAUGUGCUGUCGACGUAAUUCUGUUGGGUUAUUGGCCUGUUGUUUUAGAUUUGUGCUUAAAAUUGACGUGUGUUCCAUAAAUUUUAUGCUUGUCGAUUACCCGUCCCUUUUCUUUUCGGCGGAUAAGAAAAUGACAGAUAUAACUUAAAAUAAAAUUAGAUGGUGUUUACAGGAAUUAGCACCAAUGUACAACUAUAAUGUUUAUCAUAGAAUUAUCUUGUGAAACUUAUGUGUAAUAGCCAAAAUUGACGUGAAAAUUAAAUGUGGUUAGAAAUAAAAUGUAUAUAAAUGUGAUUUAUGAAUAUAUGUCUGAUUACACUAGCUAUUUAUAAAUGUGGUGUCACACUUGCAUAAAUCUCAUAAAAUUUAGUUUCACGUAAAUGUUACAUAGUUAUUAAUAAUAAUUUGGCUAAUAAUGAAUGCAAGUGAUAUAGUCUUAAUAUUAGCGUGUGUAUGACUGUUGUAUAUUUGUGUAUUUUUCUAUUUCUUUACAAGCUUUUUUUUGGUAAUCAGUAUUGUUUUUUUUUUUGUAAUCGGAUGAGAAUUUGAUUCACAAAUUAGUUUAGUUAUAAGAAACGCUUAUUAUUUGAGUAAUAUUUUAGUUAUUUGAUUUUUUGUUGACAUUUUAAAGUCUGCGUUAAAGAUCUCUAUGCCAGCUUCACAGACAGAAAUGUGUUUAUUACUUUGUCAUUUAAUGGUAAAGUUUCCUAUUAGUUCUCAAUACUUUUUUUCUUUGUAAUUAGUUGUAUCAGUCGUUAGGUAUUUGGGAGUCAAAAAUUGACCGCAAUGAUGCAAAUGUACAAAUUAACAUGAAAUGAAGUAACCAUGUAGUUAUAUCAGAUUUAUAAAAUUUUAAAUGUCAUAGAAUAAGUAAUUGCAUUUUACACCCACAACUAUGAAUAAGAUUAACAAUAUUUCUUGUAAAUACAAUAUUUUAGUCAGGAAUAUUAAUUAUACCACAAUGAGUAGUUCUUUUGUACUGUAUCUGAAUUGGCGAAAAACUAAUGAAAACUCCAUAGAAACUGUUCUAACAGAUCAAUGAACAUCUAAUUAUAUUUGUUGGGUAAGAAGUUAGAGGAGUUUACACAGGAAGUGACAGAAACAGCCCUUUUUCAACCGUCACCACAGAGUAAAGAAUAAUACUACGUAUAGAACGGACACUCCGCCCCGCACCAAUACGUAUACGGCGCCGAUCUAAAUUUACCUCACCCCCGCUGGGUCACUAUUUUAGUCUAAAUGGCCGUGAGCCGCUAAGGAAUGACGAAGCGCGCGCGAACUGUCCGUCUCUCUUGCACUUACGCGUUAGGCGGCGGUUUGUAUGAAGUGUCCGGACUGCGGAAUGAGCCCUCACGCUGCAAUGGUUCGUUUCCAUGGAUUUGCCAUAAGGCUGCGUUUAUUGAGACUCGACACAUCACGCCGUGCGUCAACACUACGUGAACACUCCUAUAACAACCCAUAUGUUUGAUUUCACCGCGCGAUUCGCUGCGUCUCCGUAAACUCGCCUUAGUAUUUAUAAUAAUUAUUGUCAACAGUCACAUCACUAGUCGCAAGAUAUCUCAACAGUGUAUAGAAAUAAGAUCUCAUCUGCGGUAUUUUCUUUUUCCAAACGUUUGGUCCAAUCAAAAUUGUAUAUCUCUGAAUCUUCACUGGAAUGCGAGGUGUAAAUAGUAAGUUAAUAAGUACUUUGACGUAAAUGUUAGUUAUAUGAAUAGGGUAGUAUAGAAUGGUUAUUGUGGGAACUAAUUUGACUUUCCAAAGUGAAUUCUAUUCAACAUAAUAAAGUGAUAUAUUAUUUUCAAAGGGAAUGAAUUGGAAUUUGUAAUUUAAUAAGUCAUUUUAGUUUCUAAAUGAAGAACUUUCCAGGCUACGUUCCCCAAAACAAUAUAGAUGGCGCUGUACAGCCUUCGUUUAACCUUCUCAUUUCAUGGAUAACAGAUGUAUACAUCUUUUAUCUUUGUUUUUGGGUAUACAUGAUUGAGGAGCUCGGUGGCGCAGCGGUAAACGCGCUCGGUCUGCGAUUGUUGAAGUUAAGCAACUUUCGCAAAGGCCGGUCAUAGGAUGGGUGACCACAAAAAAAAAAAAUCAUCUUGAGCUCCUCCGUGCUUCGGAAGGCACGUUAAGCCGUUGGUCCCGGCUGCAUUAGCAGUCGUUAAUAACCAUCAAUCCGCACUGGGCCCGCGUGAUGGUUUAAUGCCCGAUCUCCCUAUCCAUCCAUAGGGAAGGCCCGUGCCCCAGCAGUGGGGACGUUAAUGGGCUGAUGAUGAUGAUGAUACAUCAUCAUCAAUUUAAGAGCCACGCUCUUGUCGGUGUAGCAUUUUCCAUUCCAGUCUAUCAAAGGCCAAUUCCUUGACUUCCCUAUAAGACACGACGUUAACCUUUUCUUUAAUCUGUUCCAUGUAAGCUCUUCUUGGUCUUCCCCUUCCUCUCUUUCCUUCUAGCUUUCCUUCUAUGAUGUUUUUAAUGAAUUCGUCGUGUCUUAUUAGGUGUCCAAUCAUCUUGCCUCUUCUGUCCUCAAUAAUUCUCAGUAUUUGUCUCUUUUCCCUUACUCUUACUAGCACUUCCUCAUUUGUAACCCUUUCUGUCCAACUUAUUCUUUCCAUCCUCCUCCAACACCACAUUUCAAAGGCCUCGAGUCUCUCUCUGUCCUGAUGAUGAUACAUAAUUACCCUUAUUAUUACACCCAGCCACGACACAUCUUCCACACAUUAUUUUUCUGAUCAAAAUAAAGAGGAGCAAUAUAGCGUAGUAGCGUGCGUAGUGUACCGUUCAAAAUCCGUAAAAGAAUUUCACACAACCCAUAAGCACUUCCUGACUAACAGAGUAGUAGCAGCGUGGAACGGGCUGCCCCAGAACGUCUCCGCUUCUAGCGCCAACACCUUCAAAAACAAAUUGGACAAUUACCAUAAAACAGAGAAAGGAAACCACUACUGAAUAGUCGAAUACAGGCACUUAUCAGUGAAAACUGCCUGCCUGAGUUUGAGAAUAGUAAUAAUAUAGAUAGGUUAGAUAUCUAGUUCAAGUACAAAGCAACAAUUACUUUUAUACAUAUCUCUGUCAUAACAUUGUAUUUUUGAAUAAUUAUUACCCGAGCAAUGAGAAAAUAGGUCACGCCAUCUAUUUUUUUACCGACUUCAAAAAAAGGAGGAGAUUCUCAAUUCGACCGUAUAUUUUUUUUUUUAGGAACGUAGCCUGGAAAGCCCCUCAUUAGCCAUUCCAAGUGUGACUGGUCUGUGGUAAGUAUGUUGUGUCCUAGAUUAGGUUCUAUGGUAAAAUACUGGCCCCGAUUCCUGCAGACACCUAAUUUUACU